GUGCGCAACUUCAUGGAAUUACUUGAUUUACUGUUGUAGCAGAGAAGUGUGCCAGGAAUGAUGUGUGGGUCAGUGACGGCACGCGCCCCUCGCUCAUUAGAAUAUCAAUGCACGAACGAGAAGCAGUGGUGGCCCUUCCCCUCUAAAUCUCUCUCUCACACACACUUCACUUCGCGUGAAGCACUUUUUUUUCAAGUGGUGCUGCUUGAUAAUCAGGAGACUUCUACAUCUCUUCGCACUUUAAAACCAUGAAUAAUGAGUCUACUCUGCGUAAAACGACAGUGCACUCAGCAGGCUACCCAUAUUGUUAAGACUUGAUUGGUUGGAUUUUAUAGUAAUAUUUUAAAUUGACUGUAGUCCAUAUAUCCAAUAGUAAUUGAUUGGGUUUAUUAGAGUUAAUUUUAAUAAUACAGGAAAGACACAUGAUCUGAAAGCGGUCAAAGAUCUUAAAGUGCAUGGUGUAAGGUAGCCUAGUCCUAUAACUAAACUACUUCUAGAUAGCACUUUUUUUCUAAAAGUGUAUAGGCUAUAAUUGCAAUAAGCACGACAUACGCUGGAAAUACCCCUGUUGAUGCCCCCUAAAUCAAUAUGCAUUAAGAAAGUUGUGUGCAGUUGGGAAGGACAAAUUGAGAAAGACCGCACGGUAGAUCAUGUGCCAUUGAUUACCACACAGCUGUUCACACAAAGGCAAAAACUCUAGCCCGCUGCAGGGUCCAGAGAGAGUGCCCCUCCCCUGACUCAACCUCAACAAUAGACCCCCGAAUAUCCCUGAAGCGCACAAUGAAAGGUCUCAUCCAUAACCUGCCCGCACGCGUCUGAGCAAUUACACUUUUGUGACUGAAGAAAGGGCGGAUCAUGCUAUUCUUCUCAACUUCCUUCAGAUCGAUAUUUACCACAAAUUAAUGAAUACGGAACAAUGAAUUGAUACUGAACAAUAAAUGUUCUUAUGCCAACGUUUUGUGAAAACAACUUAUUUGGAAUAGAAUUGAAAGACCUAAGAAUAGGUGAUAUCGAAUAGUAGCCUAGGUUAUAACCACUUAUUAUCAUGUGAUGCUGUCUAACACUUAAUUUACCAUCAUUGUGCCGGUAGGCUAAAGUGCUUAAUAAAUUAACAACUUUUUCUGUUACAUGUUUCCAGUAGGUAUAGAUACUGUAGAGCUGUUAGGCUGUGAAGCCUAUUCAUUUUACUGGUUAAAAAUCGCAUGCUUUUGUAGGCCUAUAUUAUUAUUUGUCUGAUUGAAGUUGAAUAAUUAAAUAUGUAGGCCUAACAAUUCAGUUUUCGAUGCUUGUGUCACAGUUCCUAGCUCGACUCCAAAAUCGUGAACAUUUGGCUAGUUAGUUGUAUUUAUGUUUUAUUUAUUUAUUUAACCGUUAUUUAACUAGGCAAGGCAGUUAAGAACACAUUCUUAUUUACAAUGACGGCCUAACAAAAGGCAAAAGGCCUCCUGCGGGGAUGGGGGCUGGAAUUAAAAAUAAUGCAUAAAUUAAAUAUAAAUAUAUGACAAAACACACAUCACGACAAGAGACACAACACAACACUACAUAAAGAGAGACCUAAGACAACAACAUAGGAAGGCAGAAACACAUGACAACACAGCAUGUUAGCAACACAACAUAACAACAUGGUAGCAACACAACAUGGUAGCAGCACAAAACAUGGUACAAAGAUUAAUGGGUACAGACAACAGCACAAAGGGCAAGAAGGUAGAGACAACAAUACAUCACACAAAGCAGCCACAGCUGUCAGUAAGAGUGUCCGUGAUUGAGUUUUUAAAUGAAGAGAUUGAAAUAAAACUGUCCCGUUUGAGUGUUUGUUGCAGCUUGUUGCAGCUGUAUAACCGUAUAAAAUAUGUAUUGUGCCAAUCACACUUCAAAUAUGAUUAUGCUCUAAGUAUAGGCCUUAUGUUAUUUUUGCUGAUAAAUUUAAUCCGCACCAAAUCCACACACAUGUUCCGACGCGUCGUGGUUGUCCCUUGGGUCUUACCGUGCCCCGCCUCCUGACGCGUGACAGGGGCGCGCAUCAGGGGUAUAAAAUUCAUUCACUCUCAUUAACCACCAGAACCAAAACAAGUGAAGACCAGCGACCAGGACAUAGGGAAGAGCGAGGACUUUGCUUGGACUGCUAUACCUUUUCAUACUAAUUUUAUGGUGUGACUGCAAGGAUUUUUUUCUAUCCUGGUUUUUGGGAAUACGCGCCUGUCACAUUUCUAUUGGACACAACGAAUGCAAACACCUGCGGAUUGUUGUAUAGCUACCAACCAAACACCUGGCGGAAAUGGCCUCGCUACCUCUUAGAUGUGUCUUUGCUUUGGCUGUAGUGCAAGUGGUAUCAUCUUCUGGUGUGUUCGAGCUGAAAGUCCAUUCGUUCAACACUGCUCAGCGCAUAUGCAGAAGGCAUAGGGACUGUCACAUCUUUUUCAGAAUUUGUCUCAAACACUCAGAGGACGUCAUCCAUGCGGAGCCACCAUGCACUUUUGGAACAGGACACACCAACGUCAUAAGCGCAGAUCAGACCUCAAUUUCCAGCAGCGCUCCUAUUAGAAUACCGUUCCAUUUUAAGUGGCCGGGAACAUUUUCGCUGAUCAUUGAAGCAUGGAACGCAGAAAUCCCUACAGAAUACACAGACAAUCAAAACAACCUGGUCAGCCGCUUGGCUACCAGAAGAAGACUGGCCAUAGGCGAGGACUGGUCUCAAGACGUCCACUUCGGAGAGCAGAGCGAGCUGCGCUACUCAUAUCACGCAUUCUGUGACGAGUACUACUUUGGCGACAGCUGCGCCGAAUACUGCAGACCCCGCGAUGACACUCUGGGCCACUACAACUGUGACGUGGAGGGAAACAAACAAUGUCUGGAGGGCUGGAAGGGCAACUACUGUUCUGAUCCCAUCUGUUCGGCAGACUGCAGCGCGAGGCAUGGCUACUGCGAGGCCCCUGGGGACUGCAAGUGCAGAAUGGGUUGGCAGGGGCCCUCGUGCAACGAGUGUGUGCGCUACCCGGGCUGCCUCCAUGGCACCUGCGUCCAGCCGUGGCAGUGUGACUGCAAGGAGGGCUGGGGCGGCCUCUUCUGCGACCAGGACCUAAACUACUGCACCAACCAUCGGCCGUGUGCCAACGGUGCCACCUGUACCAACACAGGCCAGGGCAGCUUCACCUGUAUCUGCCGCCCGGGCUAUGGUGGCACCAACUGUGAGCUGGAGACAAACGAGUGUGACAGCAACCCCUGCAAGAACGGAGGCAGCUGCAACGACCUGGAGAACGACUACUCAUGCACCUGCCCCCAGGGCUUCUAUGGGAAGAACUGUGAGAUCAUCGCCAUGACGUGUGCCGAUGGGCCCUGUUUCAAUGGAGGCACCUGCAUGGAGAUGCUGACGGGGGGCUAUUCCUGCCGUUGCCCUCCCACCUACACUGGCUCCAACUGCGAAAAGAAACUGGACCGCUGCAGCAACAGCCCCUGUCUGAAUGGUGGUGAGUGUCUAGACCUGGGUCAAAGCGUGCUGUGCCGCUGCCACUCUGGCUUUACCGGCGCCAACUGCCAGUUCAACAUCGACGACUGUGCUUCAGCGCCGUGCCAGAACGCUGGCACCUGCCAGGACGGUGUGGACGACUACACCUGCUCAUGCACGCUGGGCUAUGCCGGCAAGAACUGUAGCCUGCGCUCAGAUGCCUGUGGCCGCGGUGCCAGCGCCCAGCCCUGCCAGAAUGGCGGCACUUGCUUCACCCACUUCACGGGGCCCGUGUGCCAGUGCCCGCCGGGUUUCAUGGGACCCAGCUGCGAGUUCACGCUGCAGCCCAGCUUCCCCUGCCCCCGACUGACCAAUAAACCUUCCUCCACCGCCCUGACAGCCUCCUGUGUCCUGGCGUUACUCGCCCUUGGCAUGGCGAUGGGCAUUGUGGUGCUGCGGCGGCGCCGGCUGAGUGGCAGGAAGCAGCUGAAUGACACGGCAGUGUUCAACGACCUGAAGAUGGGGAUCAACCGCUUCCCCAGCGAGAGAGAGGCUUUCAUGGCGGCUAGUGGCCUGUUCAAGAUCAGCAACAGCGACCCGCGCCUCAGCAUGGCAUCACUUGCAUCGCUUAGACCCACAGAUGACAGGACGGGCCGGGGACUUGGGGGGGAGCGCCACUCAUUCUCCCCUGGACAGGACUACCUCUGGAGGGGGGACAGCGGGGCUGGGCUGAGAUGAGCCACUGGCCUGGACCCAAGAUGGACAGAAAAAGGAGACUGGACAGCCAAACACCUGGGGAGGGAGAGACAAAAACUGGGAGGAAGAACAGGGGAUCAUUAGCACUUAUUUUUCUCUCUUUUUGAAAUGUUAAGUUAAUGAAGAAAAAGACAAACUGCUUGAAUGUUUGGAAAUGAUUCCCCUCAUUCUGAAAAUGUUUGCUACACAUUUUGACAAAAAAAAUUGUUGGAAAACAACCUUGUGUCAUGAAGAAGAAUAGUAAAUGACCUCUUGAAGUAUGGGAACUUUAGGAAAUCUUCUCAGAGAAAGGUCUUCCAUGUCAAAUAACCCAAAGAGAUGACUACCAAUUCCACAUAACUACUUACGAUGGACACUGACCUAUCAAUGCACUUGCUCCAACACAGUGAUAUUGACCAAAUGACUCUGGAAGAACCAUUUAAACCAAAUACAGGAAGACCUGAUUCUCUGAUCUGUACUUUUUUUGGAAGACAAUAGACUGUUGUCAAUGACCUUCAAGGAGAUGAAUACAGCAAAUAUAUUCAACUUUUUCCACAGUUUUUGUUUGUAAGCUCAUUUCACCAGAACUCUGAUAUUAGCAAUUCCAAAAGAUAAAACAUAUAUAUUUUUCAUUUUAAAAUUAACUAUUAUUUUGUCAACAUACCAUUUCCUAAGAUGAAACUAUCAGUCGUUAUACCAUUUUAUUUAUGUUAUUUAUUAAACUCAGCAAAAAAAGAAAUGUCCCUUUUUCAGGACCCUGUCUUUCAAAGAUCAUUUGUAAAAAUCCAAAUAACUUCACAGCUCUUCAUUGUAAAGGGUUUAAACACUGUUUCCCAUGCCUGUUCAAUGAACCAUAAAUAAUUAAUGAACAUGCACCUGUGGAACGGUCAUUAAGACACUAACAGCUUACAGAAGGUAGGCAAUUAAGGUCACAGUUAUGAAAACUUAGGACACUAAAGAGGCCUUUCUACUGACUCUGAAAAACACCAAAAGAAAGAUGCCCAGGUUCCCUGCUCAUCUGCGUGAAUGUGUCUAAGGCGUGCUGCAAGGAGGCAUGAGGACUGCAGAUGUGGCCAGGGCAAUAAAUUGCAAUGUCCGGACAGCUGAUCAUCCUCGCAGUAGCAGACCACGUGUAACAACAUCUGCACAGGAUCGGUACAUCCGAACACCACACCUGCUGGAGGGGUACAGGAUGGCAACAACAACUGCCCGAAUUACACCAGGAAUGCACAAUCCCUCCAUCAAUGCUCAGACUGUCCGCAAUAGACUGAGAGAGGCUGGUAUGGGAGCUUGUAGGCCUGUUGUAAGGCAAGUCCUCACCAGACAUCACCGGCAACAACGUCACCUAUGGGCACAAACCCACCGUCGCUGAACCAGACAGGACUGGCAAAAAGUGCUCUUCACUGACAAGUCACUGUUUUGUCUCACUGGGGGUGAUGGUUGGAUUCGCGUUUAUCGUCGACGCAAUGAACUUUACACCGAGGUCUGUACUCUGGAGUGGGAUCAAUUUGGUGGUGGAGGGUCCGUCAUGGUCUGGGGCGGUGUACCACAGCAUCAUCGGACUGAGCUUGUUGUCAUUGUAGGCAAUCUCAACGCUAUGCGUUAUAGGGAAGACAUCCUCCUCCCUCAUGUGGUACCCUUCCUGCAGGCUCAUCCUGACAUGACCCUCCAGCAUGACAAUGCCACCAGCCAUACUGCUCAUUCUGUGCGUGAUUUCCUGCAAGACAGGAAUGUCAGUGUUCUGCCAUGGCCAGUGAAGAGCCCGGAUCUCAAUCCCAUUGAGCACGUCUGGGACCUGUUGGAUCGGAGAGUGAGAGCUAGGGCCAUUCCCCCCCAGAAAUGUCCAGGAACUUACAGGUGCCUUGGAAGAGUGGGGUAACAUCUCACAGCAAGAACUGGCAAAUCUGGUGCAGUCCAUGAGGAGGAGAUGCACUGCAGUACUUAAUGCAGCUGGUGGCCACACCAGAUACUGACUGUUAUGUUUGAUUUUGUCCCCGCCCCUUUGUUCAGGGCCACAUUAUUCCAUUUCUGUUAGUCAUAUGUCUGUGGAACUUGUUCAGUUUGUCUCAGUUGUUGAAUCUUAUGUUCCUACAAAUAUUUACACGUUAAGUUUGCUGACAAACACAGUUGACAGUGAGAGGAUGUUUCUUUUUUUUUGCUGAGUUUAUAUGUACAAUGUUUUCCUUUUGUCACAAAUUCAGAGAUAUAUUUAUGUGAUCCUAAAUAAACAACUUGUUCUACAUCUUUGAUUAUUCUGUGUAAUCUAAAUACACCAGGAAUAUUCCGGGGUAAUUAUUUAUGGCUUGAAAUCAAUGAACAUGUGACUUUGAUACACGGAUUAUGAGUAUUGCUGUUUCUGAAGAACAGCCAGUGUAAAUUUAUGUUCAUGCCAAAGUUAGUUUGUCAGGCAUUUGCUAAAAAAAAACAUGUUUUAAGUUUUUUGUUGCUGUGAGUGUUUGUGUUGAAUAAAAACUAUAAAAUCAU